AUGAGGAUUGAGCAGUGCUCCUUCUGCAGUGCCCCGGUCUACCCGGGGCACGGGCAGAUGUUCGUGCGCAACGACUGCAAAAUAUUUCGCUUCUGCUCCAGCAAGUGCCGCAAGAACUUCGGCAUGAAGCGCAACCCAAUGAAGUUGAAGUGGACGAAGACGUUCCGAAAGGCAAACAGCAAGGAGCUGGCGGUCGAUAGCACCAUGGACUUUGAGCAGCGCCGCAACAUCCCUGUCAAGUACAACCGCGAACUGCUCGGCGACACGCUGAAGGUGAUGAAGCGCGUAGAGAAGAUCAAACAGCGACGUCAGGAAGACUUGUGGGCGAGGCGCAUGGAGAAGGCCCGCCAUCAAGAGAAGCAAGAGGCUGCCUCGGCGCUCAAGCACAACAUCGACUGGAUCGAGGAUAUUGAGAUCAAGCACAAGGCGCGCGAUGAUUUGGUAGCCAUCCAGCAAGAGCGCGAGGAGAAGAAGGUGAAGCGCCGCGAGGCUAACAAGAAGCGUCAGCAGAAGCAGCGUCAGGCAGAGAAGGCUACGGGCACGUCCGCCUUCCACUCUGCCAAGAAGAAGUAG